ACUUCUGAUUUGUUUGGUCGGCUACUCCGUCGGGAAACAAUCUGUGCCGUGCGAUAUCAUCAUGUCCUCGUAUCAUCUCAGCACGCGAGAGCGGCUACUGGCCAUCAUAAACGAUAUAGAAAUCGUUGCCAAGGAACUGAUCGAGAACACCAUCGCUCCGAAGGCACAGAAAAUGUCCAGUACCGAUCACGCACAGCUGGUCGAACUGCUCGUCCUGAAAGAUAAGGAAUUGAAAUCAACCCUUCAGUUAGCUGCGGAACAGGCUGGUAUUGAGAAGAACAUGGAUGCGUUACGGGAGCAGGUGCGGAAACAGGACGAAGAGAUCAACCAGCUUCAGAAGCAGCUGAAGGAAGCGGAACAAAUUCUUGCUACGUCCAUAUUCCAAGCGCGACAAAAGCUGGCCAGUAUUACGAAGGCUAACAAAAGGCCAGUUUCUUCGGAGGAGCUUAUCAAGUUUGCCCACCGCAUCAGUGCGUCACAUGCGAUUUGUGCACCGCUUACUUGGCAGCAGGGUGAUCUGCGCCGCCCUUACCCAACAGACAUUGAGAUGCGACUAGGAUUCCUGGGAAAGUCGGAUCUCAACAUCAAUGGACACAAUCUGCAACAGCCCAACAGUUUGAACGAGAUGCAUCGAAACACGUCCGUGUCGGGAGCAGCGGGUGGUGCCGGAGCCGGCGGUGAGAUCCCGGUAUCCGCACAGAACCAGUUUGCAUGGCAUCCUUCCGGGGAGUUGCAUAUGUCGAUGGGCUCCGGUGGUGGAUCGGUUUCAUUGGACACACGGGCGCACAAAGAUGCAUCGCAGGAUGAUGUGGAAGUUAUGUCUACGGAAAGUUCUAGCUCGAGCUCUAGCGAUUCCCAAUGAGCGCUGGUGAUUGUGGUGAUUGUUUAGAAUUAAGUAUUUGCCGUGUAAUAUUAGCAUGUCGCACGUCGUGACUGGAAAAUGAAACGAACCCCUCUACUGAUUUCUAUCCAUGAAGCUUAUUUAUUUACGAACCAACUUCAGCAUACAAUAUGAAACACGAGCGAAAAGAUCUAGAACUAAAUAUCAAACAAGCAACAUUAUAGGUAACUAACCAAUCGUCAGACGUUGCCGGCUAUUCGAAGGAUUUUUCAAGGCACGAUGUGAUUCAACCAAUUUUGUUGGAUUUUUGUCAUGAAGAAAGAGUUAUCGGUUUUCCGGAUGAAGAAAAAGGACCUCUAACCAAAUCAGGAUCAAGGCAUUGAGCGAAAAAGAAAUAAACCAUGGGCGUUA